AUGUCUCACUCCUCCUCCACUCCACUGCUCUCCUGGACCCUCUUCCCUCGGCCUCAGGCUGCCCCUCCAGUCCCACUCCCCACUCGCUUCUCUCCACUAGACCCUCUUCCCUCAUUCCGACUCCAUGGCUCCGCUCCCACUCCACUCUCCCUGCACCCCUCCUCGCACUCACUCACUAGUCCACCCUCGCUUUCCCUGCACCUCUUCCUUCCUUCCAGUCACUCCCCUCACUCCAGCUUCCUCACUCCACCCUCUUCCCUCAGCCGACUCACUCCGGCUCAGUCACCCCCACUCCUUCACUCUCCUCGCCCUCUUCCUAACCAGAACACUCACUCGGCUCCACCCUCCAACCACUAUGCUGCUCUCACUACACACCUCUUCCCUCAGCCGACUCCCUCCGGCUCCAGUCCUCCACCCACUACGGCUACUCUCACUACACCCUCUUCCCUCGCUCGAGCUCACUCUGCUCCACCCACUCCAGCCGCUAUGCUGCUCUCACUGCACACCUCUUCCCUUGCUCGACUCACUCCGCUCCACGCUCCACCCACUACACUCUCUCACUGCACCCUCUUCCCUCGGCUCGACUCCUCCGGCUCCACCCACUGCACCCACUACACUACUCUCACUGCACCCUCUUCCCUCUCACUCGACUCACUCUGCUCCACCCACUCCAACCACUCUGCUCUCAUGGAGCGGUUACAUGCCAAAAACAUCUGCGAUCUGUUCAUGCAGGCCUGGCAUGAACUCGAAUCCAACCUUGCUGGAACAAGAGAAAGUACAAAAGUUCACUUGGAUGAGUUUGAGAAGGAUUUAAGAAGUGCAGAAGAAGAGAGGAGAAUGUGA